UCUUCGCGUCGUCCAGGUAGAGGAUUUGAUGGUUAGGAGCAGGGGCAGGAUCGUCAAUGGCGCCAGUGGAUCCUCCGCGAGCAGCCUGUGGCUGGAAUUCUCGACGCUCGGCAUCCGCAAUCUCAUUCCAGGGCUCCCGAAUGAUCUGGCUUGCGUGUGCCUGGCGUGCGUGCCGCUUUGGCAGCACGGCCGCUUGAGAUCCGUGUGCCGAUCCUGGAACGCGGCGCUGUCGGGCGAUUUCAUCAUCCAGCUCCGCCGGAAGCUGGGCAAGGGCGAGGAGUUCCUCUACCUCUUCCGCGACGAUCCGUCGCUCUGCCGCGGCGAGGUGUUUGAUCCGCGCGCGCAGCUAUGGAGCACAUUCUCGCCGAUGCCGUGCAAUCCCUCGCGCUACAGCAUGAGCAACUUCGAGUGCGUGGCCGCGGGGCAGCAGCUCUACGUGCUUGGCGGAUCGCUCUUCGACGCCAGGAACUUUCCCAUGGAUCGUCCUGUGGCUUCCUCCUCGGUCUUCAAGUAUGAUCCGGUGAGAUCACAGUGGGAGCAGUGCCAGGACAUGAAAACUCCCAGGGGGAGCUUUGCGUGUGGGAUCUUCCAGGGGUGCUUGAUCGUGGCUGGCGGUGGAUCGCGUCACGCCCAGUUUCGAGCUGGCGGUGACAGGAUUUGCGAGGCGGAGAAGUACGAUCUGGCAAGAGAUUCGUGGGAGAGUCUUCCGGGGCUCCACAGCAUCCGGGCCGGGUGCUCGGGAUUUUUUGUAGGGGACGAGUUUUGGGUGAUCGGUGGCUAUGGCGAGGCUCGGACCAUUUCCGGGGUCCUGCCGGUUGACGAGCACUACAACGAUGGAGAGGUUUUCAGCUUUGGUAGUGGGAGCUGGAGGAAGCUCGAGGCGAUGUGGGAGGAUGGAGAGAGGCUUCGUCUCGGGAGGAUUGCCGUGUUGUAUGGAGAUGUUGACGGUCUUCCCAGCGUUUUCAUGCUGGAGAACUCGAAGCUUCUCAGAUAUGACUUUGGAUCCAACCGGUGGUAUCCAGAGUCCGAGCUUCCAUCGCCGCUGGCCGCCGAGAGCUCCUGCCGAUUGGUAGGACUGGACGGGGAAGUUUACGUGAUUCCUGGCGGCGUGAACGAGCAGCGAUACGAGAGGAGUCCUCGUUCGUGGUCCCGGAGCACCACGAGAAGGUGUAACAUUCUAUUCCAGAUUUACCAUCCGGUGAAGCGGACAUGGCGAGCCGUGGUAACCAAGCCUCCGCUGGAUCACCAGCACAAUCCACCGUGGGGAGCGAUGUGCGUGAUGAAGCUGUGAUCCACAGAGCAACUCUCUCCGGGUUUGUCGAUUGAAUCUAUUUGUGUAUAUUAACACUUGUGUAUAAAGUUAUUUUCCAGCU